AUGACGAAGAGGUGUGUGGACGACGACAGGACGCUAGCCAAGUUCGAGAUAUUAUCUUUCGGGAUAUUCUCCUUCGGCUUCUGCUGCUUCUUGGCUCAGGACGACGACAGGACGCUGGCCAAGUCGAGAUAUUCUCCUUCGGGAGAUUCUCCUUCGGCUGGCUGCUGCUUCUUGGCCCGGGACGACGACAGGACGCUGGCCAAGUCGAGAUAUUCUCCUUCGGGAGAUUCUCCUUCGGCUGGCUGCUGCUUCUUGGCUCAUGACGACGACGGGUCACUUGCUGGCCAACUUCGGGACUUCUUCUCUUCGGAGAACCGCUGCCCGCUGUUGGCCCACCGGGACGACGGGACGCUGGCCAAUUUCGUGAUCUUCUCCUUCAUCCGCCUUUGGCUCUUGGCUCAUGACAACGAUCGGGACACUGACCAGCAGCUGCACACUCUUCGUCAUCCGCUGGUCUUCAAUUUGCUUCAAUUCGGAUUUCCCCACGAUUAA